AUGGCUAACCUUACAAAACUCGAGUUCGUUGCCCUUGAUAUUUUGGGCAAGAACUACCUAUCAUGGGUGCUAGAUGCUGAAAUCCAUCUUGAUGCUAUGGGUCUUGGAGACACCUUUAAAGAAAAUAAUAAAGCAUCCAACCAAGAAAAUGCCAAGGCUAUGAUAUUCUUGCGUCAUCAUCUUGAUGAGGACCUGAAAAUUGAAUAUCUUGCUAUUAAGAAUCCACUCGUUUUAUGGAAAAACUUGAAAGAAAGAUUAGUGAUUCUGAUAAGCUGGAAAAGACGUUCUCCACUUUUUCAUGCCUUGAAUGUGCUCCUGCAGCAACAAUAUCGAGAGAAAGGUUUCACAAAGUAUUGUGAUUUGAUUGCUCAUCUUCUUGUGGCUGAACAAAAUAAUGAUUUGCUGAUGAAAAAUCACGAGAAUCGACCUACUGGCGUUGCACCACUCCCCGAAGUGAAUGAGGUGUAUGCCCACUACUCCAGGCGUGGAAAAGGUCGUGGCCCCGGUCGUGAUAAUAGUCGUGGUCGUGGUGGUUAUAAUGGUCAAAGAAGAAAUUAUUUUCCUGGUGUUAAUCACUCUUCAAGGAAAAAUCACCACCAAAAGGGGAAAAAGAAGGAUGAUAGGCAUGAAGUGCCAGAAGCACGUGGCUCAAAAAACAAAUGCUAUCGAUGUGGUGGAAGUGGACACUGGUCACAUUUCUUUGAGCACCCUGAACGAAAGAUAGAUCACUUGAUUGGUGAUGGUUUUGUGGUUAGAGAUGAUUGA